UCUGACGUAGAGUGUAACCACGACCUAAGCGACGCUUAGAAACGUCAAACGCUUGGCGUGCUGUUUACGUUUCAUUGUGUUUUUAUUUGCAGCUCUUCAGUUUAUUUAUAAAAUCCAAUUGGAAAUUUAAAAACAACCGUCUACCGUCAAGUAUGAUGAAUCAGUACCGGAGCGAAAAGCAGCUGGCGUAUCUGUAUCCGAUUAUCGCAACCUUAUCUUUCGUGUGCUGCAUAUCGACAACGGUAGCAUGGCAUCACUGGCGCUAUGUUCUGGAUACCUGCGUGGAAACAAACUGUGGAUGCAUUUUGCACGGCCGAUCAACACCCACUCACUUCACCGGGGGUCAUGUCGCGUACUGCCAUUGGGCAGCAUACGGGCUGGUACUGCCCAUUAUAUUCUGCUUCAUAUUUGGAAUAUUUCAUGUCUUCCGGGUGUGUUUUGGGCGACGCCGACGUUACCCGGAAACAGCCACUGUUAGGCAAAGAUCCGGUGACCUAAUCGUAAUGACUACCAAAACCGAUGUGGAACAGGACGACAUAAAUCCAUACUAUUGGAUACCGGCCAGCAUCAUUGGAAGUUUGAUGGCAGUUCUCACGCUUGUGCAUGCCGCAAUGUAUUUGGAUGGAUUCUUGAACACAUGCAAGCAGCAACGCAACGAACUGAUCAAGUACAUGCAGGCUAACGGUAGCUUGGUGCCCAUCAUCCAGAGUCGCAUUUCGUGUUCAUCUGUGUUCGAUUUUAUGGACUAUUUGCAUCAAGACGUUGCAUUCGAUAGACGUCGCGAGGGAAGGAUCAACACGGCAGCGGCACUUAUAAUUGGCUUAGUUUGCUCGUGGGCGUGUGUUGGACUGUGGAUUUGGACGGUGGUUAUUAACGCAAGACGCGCACGUGCCAGCAAAAACAUGCGCAUUUAAACGUGCAGCCGCAAGUACAGCAGCCCGUAAAGAUUGCAGCAUUAUCGUGAACCAAUAGUAUUAGGCAUCGAUUUAAUUAUUCCCGGUUUUACAUGCCAUUUACACCGAUUGUGCCUGCAUUUUAAAGCGAUAUAAUAUUUACAACUUGUAUACAUUUUAAAGCGCACAAAUAGUUAGAAUUGACGACACCAACAAUCAAAAUGCAUGAGUUAGCUCAUCUUCUCAUUCACAAACGUCUACUUUUAUAAAUAAAGCGUAUUUUUUAGCAAA